AAAAGCUGAGAGGGAACGUGCAGUCCCUCGCCUCGACUCGUUUUGCCACUAGCCUAUAACUUCCCUAUUUCUAGUCAGUAGUAGGUUUUGUUUGUUUUGUUUUUUUAAUCAUAUGGUUUGCAGGGGCGUGAAGGGGGCGUGACUUUUUCCCGUUUAUACAAAAAAAAAAAAGUUUUGAUCGCCACUGAGUCGGAUCCUACAGUGUGUCGUCGCGCCACAGCUUCGCUCCAGCUGUAAUCCCGGUAUUUCCAACAGUCCACGAAAGCCGCAUCGUGCGGUCGGUCCACCCCUACCAGGAAGACGAGGAGGACCCCGGGGGACACGGUUUAGGCGACGCGUGCUGCAUCGCUGUGGCCCACAUGACAUCAAGUUUGGUCAUUCCAUGGGAUUUCCCCCCCCUCGUGAAUCACCCUAAUACAGGAACAGAGGUCAAGAGGCCAGGAAAGGAGGGGAUCCUUCCAUUCCAGGCGACAGCAGCGUUUUACCAGCAUGGACAGUCAGGCGGUGGGGGGCCUUCUGGGAGAGUGCCUCAGGGCGGCGGCGGCGGCGGCGGCGGCUCCACGGUCCACCCGACCCACCGAGGCCCAACGGCUGAGCCACUGCAGCUGCAGAGACUCUCUGUGUGCAGAACUGGCCUCUCUCCUGCAGGAGGCAAUGGAGAUGAAGUGGCCCUUCGUGCCCGAGAAGUGGCAGUACAAGCUGGCAGUCAGUGCCAGUGACAAAACCAACCUUGGUGACCUCAUCAGCAAGCACCUACCUCAGCUACUGGCUGUUUUAAAGGCAUCCAUCGAGGCUCAGGAAGCACGCACAGCAAUGGCAGUGGUCUUCUUAGUGGACCGUUUCCUCUACUGGAUGGACGAGUCCAGCAGGCUGCUAAGGAUCACCAAGCUGCUCCACAGAUGCAACCCUGACAUCCCUGUGGCUCCUCAGCUGGUCAUACGACAGGCCAGGGUCUACCUCAACUCUGGCAAACUGCAGAAGGCAGAAUACAUCCUGAGCAGCCUGAUUAACAAUAGCGGGGCCACAGGUUGUUGGAUGUACCACUCUGAAAGUGACAGGGCUCUUGUGCAGGCCGUUAGCGUUCAGGUGCGUGGAAUGAUUUUGCAAAAGCUAGGCCUGUGGCUAGGGGCUGCAGAGUUAAUCUGGGCUUCUCUGGUCGGCUACUACUCACUUCCUCAACCUGAUAAAAAGGGCAUUGGAACAUCUCUUGGCGUACUGGCCAACAUAUUGAUGUCUAUGAAUGAUGAGGACUUCCACGCUUUUAGGACUAAUCCAGAUAUUGAAUUGCAGUCCUUACUAGGGGACGGGAGUCAUCGUCUUCUCUCAGCAGCCCAGGCAGCAAAGAUGGCGGUGGUAUACUCCCAGUAUACUUCACUCUAUGUGUUGACCAAUGUGGCAGCUCAAGGGACCUGCUUCUUAUCAUACAGUUUUUCAGUGGAGUGCCCUGACUCUCAAAGACAGCCUUUCCUCCUCCAGGCUAGAGAGGCAUUUGCAAUUGGCUUGCUCACCAAAGCAGAGGGCGAGCAGGUCACCAGCAAGCAGGAGCUUCACACCUUCCUCAAGGCUGCCUAUUCCCUUACUGUCGCUCACAAAUGGCUUGGCACUCCUCAGGACGUUGUGAUGCAGGCGACACAAGCUUGUCAAAAAGCUUUAGCCGAUUUCUAUGAUUACUGUCAUGCAGAUAACCAAGACAAAGAUAGCCUCUGUGCUGAGAUCAUGCAUCUGGUUGCCCAAGUCAAACUUCUGUUGCAAGUGGAGCCUUUCUUUAAUUCAGACAAGGGGUCUUUUAUUCCUGACAGCUACAGAAAAAUCAAAGACACAUCAGUAAAUUUUACUCUAGUAAGUUUCUCUAAGGUGAUGCAGAGAUUCCAGAAGUAUCAUGCGACACUGUGCAAGACCACCAACUCAAACUGUAAGGGAACUAAAGACCAGAUAGAUGGGGCAAGGCUGUGUAUAACUGCACUGGGGACAACCAUUGGUACACUCAACACAGAAUGUGUUACCAAGGCCUGCCAAGUGUCCAAAGGUACACCCAAAGGAGAGGAGCCAGAUCAGAGAGGUUCAAAUUCAUCUGCUUUGCAUCCACCUCAAAAGCCGGACCCAUUUACCACUCUAGGAAGCACAGAUGACCUUGGCUCAUCAUGGCAGAACUUAUCUUUGAGUAGGUCAGGGUCAUCUUGGCCCAGCAGCAGUGGCUACACAGGAAGUAGUGCCAUUGAGGGUGGAAUAAAUGCAAGGAAUCAGAGCUGUCUGACCACUGAGGUUGAUGAUGACAGGUCAGACAGCAUGCUACAAUUCACUGAUAAAAACAAGAAGCAAGACUUGCAUGGCUGUAACUCUGCUGUCACUUCCCAUACAGUCCCCAGAUCUGAAGUACCUGCCACUUCCUCUUCUAACGUGAGUAGUGAUUCAGAAAAGUUUGAAGUGAUACAAGCUGGAAUAGAGACACUUGGCACUGAGGAAGAUUGGAUGACUGAUGCUGCUGGUGUGACACAGAAACCAUCGCUAGCUGAAGGAGCACCACAAUCCUUAUCGCAGCUGACUCUCAGAACAUCCUCCAGCUCCCUCAGUGACAGUUUCAGUUCCCAGUCAUCAUGGGAGAAAAUCUCAGCUGACCUGAACUUCCCCACAAACAGAAAACCUCAGCCAUCCAGCCUAUCAAAAGCAGGAACUGGCCAAAGCAGCAAGUCGCCAGAGUCCGAUGGGAGCUUCUUCCUCUUGGAAACACUUGAGUCUGAAACCAGUGAUUCAGGUCAUGAUCCCAAGUACAAAAACAACACAUCUGGAUGGGAAUUCAGAGCCUCAUCCAAGCCACAACCCGUGGAGAGCCUUAAUGUUGACCCAAAUGUGGACACUGAGAUUGACUCUGUAUCUGUAAAACAUACUACCAAGAGCUCUUUAGCAACCCCACACCCAAACCUUUCCCAGUGUGCCUCCACUGAAAUUUCCACAGACUGUUCAUUUGAGAUGCUUGAGCAGAAUCAAAGUGAACAGCAACGCAGUGACACAUCUUCUACAGAAAAAGUGAAUGUCCCUCAGAGAAAGAAUCCCUUGUGCUACAGCUGCCUAAAGCACUGCUCUGUAGGUAGGGUUGUCUCUAAGAGACAGUAUUUGUUGUCACAGAAGGAUUACCAAGCCCUGCUGGCUGGAGUUUGCCAUGAAUGUCUGCUGGAGAGGUUGCACAGUGACAAGACGCAAUUCAAACUCAAGGAACACCGAACUGUCUAUAGUGCACUUCAUUUAAAAUUCUCCAGAGCAAAUGAACUCUGGACAGCCAGGGAGACCUGUGUUUACAUCGGAGAGCCAAUGGGGAUGCAGGGCAAGCAGAGAACAGCAAUAUGGGUACAGUUUUUACACCAGGAAGAAAGGUUAAGCAGUUAUGUGGGGAAGGAUUACUUGAAGCCAAAGCAGAUCCAGUUUCACCUAAAAGAUGUGGAGAGACAGAUGACAGCCCAGUACUAUGUGACUGAAUUCAAUAAGAGUCUCUACGACAAAGAUGUGAUGGCUCAGAUCUUCUUCAUUCCCUCAGAAGCACUGUUGAUUCUAAAUGGAAAUGAAAUUGUGGGCUGUGUAACAGUGGAGCCCUACAUGCUCGGAGACUUUGUGAAACUGACCAACAACACCGGAAAGAAGGACAAGCGUUUCCAGGCUACAGAAUAUGGCAUUGCAUUUGGACACUUCACCUACUUGUUCUCUGAUUACCAGGAAGUUGUUGUAGACCUGCAAGGAUGGAUUACAGCCAAUGGAAAAGGGCUGACCUACCUCACUGACCCCCAGAUCCACUCAAUCAAGACCCCAAGAGGCCCCUCCAACUUUGCUGCCAGAGGCCUCAGACACUUCCUGGAAGAGCAACAUGGACCCGAGUGCAAUGGCAUUUGCCAGCUUCUCAAACUACCUCCAGUGGUCAGACAACCACAUGUUCUUCCUCAGGAACUUUGAGAAGUUGCAGAUAUUGAGCGUUUAUAUUCCCAAUUAAGUGAAAAAUUAAUGUUUUUAGCUUAUAAAAUAUUUAAAAAAAAUGCCUUUGAUGCAAGUUUCUGAAAUUUAAAGGUUUACCUAAUUUAGCCUAGAUGUUACAGUUACAAACAAUGUAUUGUAUUUUUCAUGGUAUUUUCUAUCUACAACUGAUAUACAGUAAACAAUGUAUUUUCAGCUACCUAAUCCUGGUAACCGUAGACGCACUACAUCAGGGGCUUGUAGGUACCUCUGGCAGUUUUCAUUUUGUUUUAAUAGCCAUAGCAGUAAGGGUUUUGAGUUUUACAUUUUAAAUCUGCAAAAUGAAGGGGGUUUGUUAACUGGAUCAAUUUUUCUACAGUACUGAAAGAAUACAGAGUUUACAAAUAGGGGAUGGGGUGAGGGAAAUGACUCCGAAAAGUAAAGGUAAAAUCAACUAAAUUCUAUUUGUGUUGCUACAUCUUUCUACUGUAAACUUGGGUGUUAUUUAAAAUUAUGUGGUUUGUUUGUUUUUUUUUGUAGAAUAGGGAUUAUUUUCCCCAGAAAGAAACAUUUUGUGAUAUAGCCACCAAAUUAAUUGUAUUAUAUUAUUUCUAUUUGAGUAUUUACUGUCUGUUGUAGGUUAGUGUGACACUGCAGUCGCAACCACACAUUCCAGUUUUUUACAAUUGGUAACCCACAUUUUUCCAUACCGAGUUCAUCUUUUCAAAACUGUUGAGACAGUUCACUUGAGCGACGUGCAACUCAGCUCGACAUUUAAUCUCACAUCCAAAAUGCAGUAAUGCCACCAAAACACUUUGUAAGCAUCAUACACUUUCCACUUCUGUUAGGAAAGUCUUUCAUAGAGGUCGUCAAAGGAUAAAAAAUAGGCACAUAGUUUUGUAUGUCCCAAAUAGGAGUUUAUAUUUUUAUUUAUUUUUAGAUGAAGACGUAGCAGAAUAUAGCAAAUGUCAGUCUAAUUUACAAUAAUUUUGUGCAAUGUUAUAGGACUUAAAUUUAACAGUUUUUAGAGAUAGUGUGUAAACCUGUUAGAAAGGGUGUGUAAAUACACAGAGUUUUGAUGGUUGAGUUUGAGUGAGAAAACAGUCGAUGAAUUUCUAAAAAUGCGGCCCUCCAAUGCAUUUUGUGUCAAAGUGAUGAAAAGGGAUCCACGGUUUACUGCACAGUGACUGCUGCUGUGCCGACUGUGUGAAGAGUUUUGAAGAAGUAAAC